UGGGUUGGCAGACGAUAUUGCUUUAGUCUCAGAAGCAUGUGCCGGAUAACGACAACUGCGGCGUGCCAGAUGGACCUCCGGAGGUACCCUCUAGACGAGCAGAACUGCACACUGGAAAUAGAAAGCUACGGUUACACCACGGAUGACCUUGAGUUUCAUUGGAAGGACGGCAAAGAUGCCGUCAUUGGUUGGGACCAGAUUGAACUGCCUCAGUUCGACAUCGUCGACUACAACACAGUGACUAGAGUCAUCCAGUUUUCCACAGGAGCCUAUCCACGUCUUUCACUCAGUUUCCGUCUGAAGAGGAACAUCGGGUACUUCAUGCUGCAGACCUACAUGCCGUCUGUGCUCAUCGUCAUCCUGUCUUGGGUGUCCUUCUGGAUCAACCCCGAGGCCACGGCUGCACGGGUGGCGCUAGGUAUCACUACUGUACUGACUGUGACGACCAUCAACACAAGUGUCCGCGCGUCCCUUCCCAAAAUCUCCUACGUGAAGGCAAUCGACCUGUACCUAAUGGGGUGUUUUGUCUUUGUCUUUGCGGCACUGAUUGAGUACGCUGUGGUUAAUUAUAAAUACUUCGGCUCCAAACCCAAGAGGGGGGAAAUCCAAUUGGGCUCGACUUCCUCGCCGAGUCCACCGGCCCAGCGGUGCAGGAGACAGCGUCGGGACACCAGUAAUCACUCCAUGGGCAGUGUCGGGGACAACUCUUACCAGCAGAAUACAUCAGUGGUCGAGAUCAAAAUGGCGACUCUGUCCUCGAGAGCAGACAUACAGGACGACCGGAACCACAAGCAGGACGCCCCGGCGCUGACAUCAGUACACUCCGACGAGACAAGGACCCCAGUCACACCGCACGGACUGUACAUGGACUCGCCUGAACCCAUACGGCACUACGAACGUACUACGUCAACCACGUCCAGUCCGGAUUUCAACAACGUCGGCAUGCGCAGACGCAAAAAUCCCGCCGAUCCUAAAAUUUCCAUCCCGAGGCUGAAGCUGCCGAAGAUCCGUGACGUCAACACGAUAGACAGAUACUGUAGGGUCCUGUUCCCCAUUGCCUUCGUCAUACUCAACACGGUGUACUGGGUUUCGUACUUUCUAGGGACGUAGACUACAUCAUGUAUGUCUACUGCCAGGCUAUCAGUGGUGCCUUUCUGGCAGCCCCGUAAACAAAAACAACAACAACAACAAAACAUAUCAGUUUGAAC